UCCAUCAAUCAGAUUAGAAUGGAGAUUCCAUCAAGUCAUGAAGAUGGAGAAAUGCCAAUUCCCAUAAACAGCACAUAUGGGCAUGGGCAUGGGCAGCAUAUCAUAAUGCAUCAUAAUCAAAAUAAUAAUAAUAAUCACAUAAUAAUCCCCUCGGCACCACCUUCCUCCAUUAAUGGCGUCCCAGUUGAGAGCACUGCCAAGAAGCAGAUGGUGAGGUACAGAGAGUGUCUGAAGAACCAUGCGGCCGCCAUGGGAGGCAAUGCGACUGAUGGGUGUGGAGAGUUCAUGCCCAGCGGUGAAGAGGGCAGUCUGGAGGCUCUCACUUGCUCCGCCUGCAACUGCCAUAGAAACUUCCACCGGAAAGAGGUUGAAGGUGAGCCUCUAUUAUCCCUGCAAAUCCCCCCAUCUCCUCCCUGUCACUGCACCUACCACCACAAGAGGAAAGUCUUUGUGGGGGCUGAGCCAUUGGGAGGUGUAGGGUACCCUAGACCACCCCCCCAUCAGAUGAUCAUGUCCUACAACAUGGGCGGCAGCCUGCACCCGUCAGAUCAGUCAGAUGAGCAUGAAGAAGGCGGCGGUGGAGGUGGUGGUGGUGGUGGUGGGGUGGUGCUCCGGCCACCAUUACACCAGAUGGGGAUGGUGAAGAAGAGAUUCAGAACAAAGUUCACCCAAGAACAGAAAGACAAAAUGCUGAGCUUUGCUGAGAGAGUUGGGUGGAAGAUUCAGAAGCAAGAGGAAUCUGUGGUGCAACAAUUCUGCCAAGAAGUUGGAAUCAAGAGAAGGGUCCUCAAGGUUUGGAUGCACAACAAUAAGCACAAUCUUGCCAAGAAAACCAUCCAAAAUCCCAAUCCCAAUCCUCCUCAAAUUCAACUCUAGAUACAAAUCAUCAUCUAAUAUUAAUUUCUUCUCAUCAUCUUAUAUAUUUUGGUGUUGAUUUUAGCUAGAUUUCCAGUUUCUGGUUGGGUAUGUAUGGAUUAGGAUUUUAGGUCAAUAUAAGUUAAAAUAAUACUGAGAAUGAAGGAGAGGGAGGGAGUAGAGAUCAGAGUAUAGUUCAUGCUGUUCCCUGUUGGUUGCUUAGAGACUGCCUUUAUGCACUCCAUCUUUUCAACAUUUUUCUUGCUAGCCUAUUCAUCAAUAAUUACUUUUCUUUAUCCCAA